CACGCACACUUUUUGAAACAUUGAACCUGACUGGACAAGACAGAUGGUCAGUGUCAGAUGACAUAGAGAAGAGAGAGGGACCAAAGAACAGCACUGAGAUUUUGAUGGGACUUCACUGACACAUAGCAGCAUAAUUAACAGAGACAAUGGAGAGAAAUACAACGUCCCUCCUGUUCCCUAGCAAUCACAGCCACACCAACGGCACCUGUUCCCGUGACAACGCUUUGAAGACAGUGGUUUUUCCUGUUCUCUACUCCUUCCUCUUCCUGGUGGGGCUCACACUCAAUGGCGUGGCCAUGUGGGUGUUUUUCCGCAUCCCCUCGAAGUCUCACUUCAUCAUAUACCUGAAGAAUAUUGUGGUUGCAGAUGUCAUCAUGACCUUCACGUUCCCCUUCAAGGUGUUAUCAGACUCCAACAUGGCCUCCACUGGGCUGCGGAUAUUCGUGUGCAGGGUCUCCUCAGUGCUCUUCUACCUCACCAUGUACAUGAGCAUCCUCUUCUUCGGACUCAUCAGCAUCGAUCGCUGCAGAAAGACUCUCACACCAUUUCGGGGGACUAACGCAGCCCGGCUGGCCCGUCGCAAAAUCCUUUCAGGAGCCAUCUGGACCUUCCUGCUGGCCCUCUGUCUGCCCAACGUGAUCCUGACAAGUAAAACCCCAAAGUCUCCAUAUUUCAAGUGCAGCGACCUGAAGACAGAGGCCGGGCUGUACUGGCACGAGGUGGUAAAUCACGUCUGUCAAGUGAUUUUCUGGGGCAACCUGGUGACUGUGGUAGUGUGCUACACUCUAAUCACCAAAGAGCUGUACAGAUCCUACUCCCGCUCUAAGGCCCACAGCUCCGGAGGAUCUGGAGCACCAUUCGGGGCAUCGACUCGGAAGCCCCACCAAGCCAAAAGGAAAAUGAAUGCCAACGUGUUCCUGGUUCUGGCGGUGUUCUUCGUGUGUUUCGUGCCGUUUCACUUCGCCCGUGUGCCAUACACCCUGAGCCAGACCCGAGGGGUUCUCUUUGACUGUAAACUCAAACUCUUCUUCUUCCAGCUGAAGGAAAGUACGCUCUUCCUCUCAUCCUUAAACUCUCUUCUGGACCCUCUCAUCUACUUCUUCCUCUGUAAAUCCUUCAGGACCACCCUGUUCAAGACCCUGAAGCUGGCUCCUGGUACCUGCAGCAGGCUAACAGGGAGAGGGUCCGACACGGAUACAGGCAGCACCGCUCUCUGAGAGACUCCUCUGCCUGUGCGUAAAACCACUGGACAUGAUAAAGACUUUUGUAAUGUGGUAUCUGAAUGUGCACGUCCUGUUUUGAAGAAUUGGAUCAAAUCCAAAUAGCUUACCGACACAGUGAUCUAUUGUUUGUCAUUUAUUGUAAUCAACAUGUUGAUGACCAUCAUAAAAUGAUUAUAAUACCAUCCCUUUAAAACCUUGCAGUUUCAACAUUGUAACUUAAAGUAUUCAACUUGUAUUGUGGGAAUAAGACGACAAUAUUGCCACUAAGACAAAGUAAAAAUGUCCAACCUGCAGAACUGACACUGGCAUAUUGUCUUUGUUUUUGUUUUUCAGUUCUCUAUUCCACUGAAUAACAACAUGAACUUCCACUUCUGUGUUUUCAUACCAACUAAUCCUGAAAAACAUGCAUUCAUUUACAAACUGAAAAUAAAUCUAUACCCACAGUAGUCCUCUAAAAUAUAAUAAACCUCACGCCUUACAAACAAUCUCCCGUCAAAACAUAGUGAUCUCUUAUUGUUGCAUGUGCAUGAAUUUAUUGCCGUUUAGUUGUGUUAGCAUUGACUGAUUCUUCAGGAUAAUUAUAUUGCAGGUAAAUGUGUCAAAAUGUUAUAUCUAUGUACAUUUGUGAUUCAUUUGUUCAGUUUUGCUGCUAACAAUGAUCUCAAUCUAUCUAAGUAGUAAUUAUGGAAUACGGGGGACUGUUAUUUCCUUCUGUUACAACCAUACAGCUCAAUUAAAUGGGAACUACCAGUUUUACAGAAAUGCAAAAGGAAACAACAAUAGAGGAAGUAAAAAUGUAAUGACAGUUUUGUUCUUUGUUGUGCCUGUGGUGUGUGCCAUUUUAUGUAAUUGGCACUUUUCACAUAGCCAAAUAUUAAACUGUCUCAGCUGCAAUAUAUGAUUCAAUUCACUUACAGUAUCUACUUUUUGCUGGUCAUCUCCACUGGUAUCAUUUCUCACAUCUCAAAAUUUAACUAUCAAUAAUAUGUCUUUGGCAAUGAAUUAUAAAUCCUGAAAUCCACUAUUAUGAUAUAAAAAAAAUUAAUA